UAUAUAUAUAUAUAUAUAUAUAUAAAAAAUUUACUGUAAAUAGGGUGUUGCAAUGUAGUCUACUUUUCCAUUUACUGUUGCAGAACUAAUGCUUCAUAGGGAGUUGUCUAGAUAAUCAUUUAAAAACUGUACAGUAACCAGAAACUGCUUUGAUAGGGGUUUGGACUUAUGUUUCUUUUUUUCACAAAAUGGUUAAAUUAUAAUCAAUGGUGGUCUUAUAAAUGUAUGUAGUGUUAUUAACAAAAAUAAGAAACAAAACAUCCAGCUUGUUAGUGGUCUUUUGUUUCCCUGUAACUUGUGACCGUACUUGGCUAUAUACAAUUCAUUGUUCCCUGAGGUCUUGACAGUAAUCGUUGGAUGUUGUGGUUUAAUAUUUGGCUUUGUUUACACAACUUAAUAGUUUGAUAAGUUGUUCAUUAUGUGUACACGUUUAGCGCUGCAUUGUAAUUAGUUGCUUAAAUUGUGUUGACCACUUUAGUUGACCCUCCAGUCUCAUACAUCGUGCAGAUGUUCAUCAGGUUAUUAGUUUUAAAAUGGCAACGUGAGUUAUAGCCUAACUAUUCUACUCAGAAGAGGAGCAACACUUGAAAGUUUGGACUGAAACCCUUCAAGAGCCAUUUUAUUUAUAUCUAUUUUCAUCACGCCUAGAUUUACACAGUCCUAAUUGGACUGCAAAUUUUUUCUUAGUCUUGACGGUAAUACAUAAUACAUGUUGGGCGUGUACCGUUAAGAGGUGCAGGGCUUCAUUCUACAUCUGGUCUGUAGUAAUACUUGAAUUUAACAAUUACCUAAACAUACGGUUAUAAUCGUAUUUUACCACUUCUUGAUAGCGUACGUUUGACCUUGAAAUUGCAGCCGAGUGCAUUUUUGUAGCCUACCCUGCAUAGAAUCAUAGUGGAAUCAUAUCCUUUUUGUUUCCCCUAGUGGACGCACGAAGCAUUUACAAUGUCAAAUGAAAAACAGGGAUGAACGCCAUGUCUGAUCCCGCUGUGGAGGAGUAGAAAGCGACGCGCUGCGCGGUCGUCGAAGGAUUCGGAGCACAAACUCGAACCCGGAAUCCGAGAUGUCAGAAAAUUCCGGGAUUCAACAGGGCUCCCCAGCUAUCGGUGCAGCGGGCUCUGCUCCAGCUGCGCCUGGAGCUGGGGGAUCCGAAUGUUCUGGCACCGCUGUCGGCUCUGCACGUAUCGCCGUGAAGAAGACUCAGCUCCGCUCCUCCCCGCGACUAAAAAAACUGGAGAAACUCGGUGUAUACUCUUCUUGUAAGGCUGAAGGAGCUUGUAAGUGUAAUGGCUGGAAAAGCCAGAAUCCUCCUCCAACUCCACCACCUCCAACGCCUCCUAGGAUUGAGCAACCAAUUGCUGUUAAUCUACUUGAGCCUUGCAGGAGUUGUAGCCAUUCCUUAGGAGAUCAUGUGACACAUCUUGAGAAUGUAUCCGAAGAGGAGGUGAACAGGCUGCUGGGUAUUGUAGUUGACGUGGAGUACCUCUAUACCUGUGUUCACAAAGAGGAGGACGCUGACACUAAACAGGUCUACUUCUCUCUGUUUAAGCUGCUGAGGAAAUGCGUAUUGCAAAUGGGGAAGCCUGUGGUGGAAGCUUUGGAGAGCCCACCAUUUGAGAAGCCCAGCAUUGAACAGGGGGUAAAUAACUUUGUGCAGUAUAAGUUCAGUCACCUACCUUCUAAAGAGCGGCAAACUAUUGUGGAGCUGGCAACGAUGUUUCUAAACCAGAUCAACUACUGGCAGCUGGAGACUCCUUCACAGAGGAAACAGCGGGUGCCCACUGACGAUGCCGCUGGGUACAAAAUCAAUUAUACCAGGUGGCUGUGCUACUGUAAUGUGCCACUGUUCUGUGACAGUCUCCCACGCUACGAGACAACGCAGAUAUUUGGGCGUACUCUCCUGCGCUCUGUCUUCACGGUCAUGAGGAAGCAGCUGCUGGAGCAGGCCAGACAGGAGAAAGACAAACUGCCCCCUGAAAAACGCACACUCAUCCUCACCCACUUCCCCAAGUUCCUGUCUAUGCUGGAGGAGGAGGUGUACAGUUGUAGUUCUCCUAUCUGGAGUGAAGACUUCAUGGCUGGCUCAUCAGGGGGCCAGAUCCCCAGAGUGAUUAGUGUGGCACGACCACUGUACUGCAGCAGUAGCUCCUCCCCUGUGGACACAGCAGGUGGGGGCAGCGUGAGUCCCGCUUGGAAAACCAACUCUGCUGUGGAACCCAGCCCAUUCUUCAUGAUUAUGGGUGUGUGUGAAGGUGGAGAGAAGCGAAAGUCCUCAGAGCCCUUGUCUCAUGAAUAUACUAAGAAAUCCCGAGUGAUUGGUGAUAUUCCCAUGGAGCUGAUUAAUGAAGUCAUGUCCACUAUCACGGAUCCUACUGCCAUGCUUGGACCGGAGACCAGUCUUCUGUCAGCUCACUCUGCCCGAGACGAAGCUGCAAGGUUAGAAGAGAGGCGAGGAGUGAUCGAGUUCCAUGUCAUUGGCAACUCCCUCAAUCAGAAGCCCAACAAAAAGAUCCUGAUGUGGCUUGUGGGUCUUCAGAAUGUCUUCUCCCACCAGCUGCCCCGCAUGCCCAAAGAGUACAUCACACGCCUCGUCUUCGACCCGAAGCACAAAACCCUGUCUCUAAUCAAAGAUGGCCGCGUGAUUGGGGGUAUCUGCUUUCGCAUGUUUCCAUCUCAGGGCUUCACAGAGAUUGUUUUUUGUGCUGUAACCUCCAACGAACAGGUCAAGGGUUACGGAACUCACCUGAUGAACCAUCUGAAAGAGUACCACAUCAAGCAUGAGAUCCUCAACUUCCUCACAUAUGCUGAUGAGUACGCUAUUGGCUACUUUAAAAAGCAGGGGUUCUCAAAGGACAUUAAGGUGCCCAAAGCCAAGUAUGUGGGCUACAUCAAAGACUAUGAAGGUGCCACACUCAUGGGCUGUGAACUCAACCCCAGCAUCCCAUAUACAGAGUUCUCCGUUAUCAUCAAGAAACAGAAAGAGAUCAUUAAAAAGCUGAUAGAGAGGAAGCAGGCUCAGAUUCGUAAGGUGUACCCUGGCUUGUCCUGUUUUAAGGAAGGUGUUCGACAGAUUCCCAUCGAGAGUAUUCCAGGCAUACGUGAAACAGGCUGGAAACCUGUGGGGAAAGGCAAAGAGGUAAAAGAUCCAGAUCAGCUCUACAGCAGCCUAAAGAACAUUCUGCAGCAGGUCAAGUCACAUCAGAAUGCAUGGCCCUUUAUGGAACCUGUUAAGAAAAAUGAAGCUCCUGGUUAUUACCAAGUCAUUCGCUUUCCUAUGGACCUCAAGACCAUGACUGAGCGUCUGAAGAGUCGAUAUUACACAACACGUAAGCUCUUCAUGGCCGACAUGCAACGGAUCUUCACUAACUGUCGCGAAUACAACCCUCCCGAGAGCGAGUACUACAAGUGUGCCAAUCUGCUGGAGAAGUUCUUCUAUGUUAAGAUCAAAGAGGCAGGCCUCAUUGACAAGUAGAAGCAGUUCAUCACCUGGCUUCUCAAAUGUGGUGUUUAGCUCUAAGGUCAUAAGGUUAUAUGGUCAUAAGGUCACUGUAAGUAAGGAGAACUUCAGAAGCUCUUUGAGUUUAUAUGAUCUACAUAUUAUGUUGCUUAAGAGAUACAUGGGUGUGUGUGUGUGUGUGUGUGUGUGUGUGUGUGUGUGUGUGUGUGUGUGUGUGUGUGUGUGUGUGUGUAUGUGUGGGAGUGUGUGCGCAUGAGGGCACUGUUCCUGUGUGCAAAGGACUUUUUUCAUUGUAAACAGAAUGUCCCUCAUGUCAGAUUUUUAAUUGUUACUCUUGCCAAAAAUAUAACAUUUCACAUGUGCAUUUUGAGUCAGAAACUGUGUACAUAUCAACUUUCAAAAAUAGCUGUAUAUUUUUUGAUCAUUGGUAGAGAUUGGGUCAUGUGGGUAUACCUUCUCUAUAAUUAACUCAGAUAAUAUGGCUCAAAAGAAAAAAACACAUAAUUGUGCUACCUGUUGUAUGUUAUGCACUUAUUUAUUAUUUAAAAGAAAUUGUGAUAAAUACAAGCAUUGUAAUAUGAAGGGUUUUGGUAAAAAAAAAAAAACCCAAGUAGGGGUAAGUGGUUUUUGUUCUGCAUGGCACAGGCUUUGGAAAGUGAAAAUUUGAAAAGUAAAACAGUCUUACCAUAUUUGGUCUUAAUGGCUAGGCAGUCCAUGGAAAAAACACAUUUUUUAUUUAAAUACAAGAAGCAAACAGAUGUGCAAUAACUCGUAGAUUUGUUGUUUUGUAAAUGUUUGUACUUUUAAAUAUUUAGGAAGAGAUGGACUUUGUACUAUGUUGGGGAAUUUUAAGGUGUUUUUAUCUUUGGUUUUGAAAAUAUUUUAUAGAAUGAAUAAAACUUUAGACUAAGGAGAAA